AAGAAGGAGGGAGUGACACGAGACGAGGAGAAGGAGGAGAGAGGGGACCCUGCAAGUGCCUCGGUUGCAGCCAUGCCGGUCCCAGGCAGUGAGUGGGAACUGCCGCCCGAGUUAUGCUGCCGCCCCAUGACAUUUGUGGCGCUCACGGGGCUGGACGUGGUCUACAACGCCAUCCACCGCGCCAUCUGGGACGCCUUCAGUGCGAACCGGCGUGGCGAACGUGUACCAAUCUCCUUCAAGGUGCUAGCCGGAGAUCAUGAGUACCCCAAGUGCCGCAGCAAGCGCACUUCCUAUGAAUGGUACAUCCCAAAGGGCAUUCUCAAAAGUGGCUGGAUGCACAAACAUUUGAACCUUGUGCCAGCUGUAACUGUCAUCUUCUUUGAGCUCGAUUGGGAUGAUGCUCAGUGGAAGGAAAAGCAGUCGGAGUGUGCCACCCGUGUGGAAAUUGUCAGAACAAGUCUGCAUGGAAGGAACACCAAGGUCGCGGUGGUUUUGAUACAAAAGAAGGCACCUCUUCCUCCAGGGGAAGACCUGGUUGCAGCUGAGAGAGCUGCAGCCCUCUGCAAUUCCUGUGAGCUCUCGGCCAAAUCGCUGUUUGUGCUGCCACACACAGACCACCUGGUGGGAUAUAUCAUACGUUUGGAGAAUGCUUUCUAUGAGCUGUCUCUGAGUUAUUACCACAUGGAAGCGCGUCGAGUGAAGUCCCACAAGGAGUUUUUGAACAAGACAAACCACCAGCUUCUCUUUGUGAGACAUCAGUUUAAGAUCGGCUUCUUCAACGAACUGAAGCAGGACACGCAAACGGCUCUCAAACAUUACCGAGCAGCCUAUGGCCAUGUGCACGAACUGAGAGCGCACGAUACGAAUAUGCUGGAAAUAAAAACAUUUGUCGGAUUCAUUAACUAUAAGAUCUGCCGUCUCUCCUUCCAACACAACACACCCCUGGAUGCCAUCGCACAGUUUCGCAAACAUGUGGAUCUGUGCAAGAAAAAAGUCGGUGCUUCCGAGUUGGCCUUCGAGCACUCUGCUUGGAUGUCAAAGCAGUUUUCAGUGUUCGGAGAUCUCUUUGAUGAAGCCAUCAAGCUGGGCCUCACAGCCAUACAGACCCAGCACCCUGGUUUUUACUACCAGCAAGCAGCCUAUCAUGCCCUGGAGAGAAAGAAUCUCGCAGCUGUGCUCUGCAACCAUGCGACCACUUUGGCAUACCCCAGCCCUGACCCAUUGGAGACAUCUAGUGGACAACUGGAUUACUACGGCCAGCGACCAUGGAGACAGGGGCAGCAGAGCAUUGACCCUCCAGACGCAGCGCGCGAGCGUGAAGGCAUCCUGGCUCUUCAGCUCAGAGAGAAGAAAGUGGACCACAGCGGCCUUAUCAUCCCUCUGCUGAGCAGUGCAGUGGCACAAUUCAAGAAAUAUAAGUGCCCUCGUAUGAAAAGCUACCUCAUGGUACAGAUGGGUGAGGAAUACUACUGUGCAAGGGAUUACAAGAAAUCCCUCACCCUGCUCAGCUACGUGCUGUGGGAGUACCGGAGCGAGCGCUGGUGGAGCCUGCUGACCUCCAUCCUCUCAACAGCGCUUAAGUGCGCCUACCUCAUGGGCCAGAACCUGGAGUACAUCACCUUCUGUCUUGAGCUGCUCGGCCGAGCAUCAACAUUGAGCCAUGAAAAGAAGGCUUCUAUUCAGAGAAAUCUAAUGAAAGUGCUUAUGAACGGAUCCCCAGACCCAGAGCCUGGUUGCAUUGCCGAGUCUGUGAGAGCUGCUCAGAAGCUAUGGGAAGAUCGAAUGUCCCUUAAAGGGAACAACUACUUCACUGUUGAUGCCCAGAGCUAUGUGCCCUUCGUGGAAUGCAAGGCGGUGCUGACUGCGAACAGCUUUCCUGUGGACUCUCUCGUGGAGCUGCACGUGUACCUGAGGGCCAGCUGCCCCUUCCCUGUGCGCUACUCCUCGCUCUCUCUCACCUUCAACAACCCAGCCUACAAUGAGUUCUGCACACUGACUGACGCGAGCUCUGUCUCCUGGUCAAUGGAACCGCCAGCGAGCGACCAAGAAAUGUGCCUCGUUCCUGAAAAGACCAAGCGGCACGUGUUCACCUUCGUGGGUCAAGCGGAGGACGUGGGGAAGAAGAUUGAGGUGACGUCGGUGAUUGCCGUGCUGGGCAGCGAUUCCACGCGCAGAGUUCUCCUGCACUGGGCCAAGGGCGGCGGCGACGCCGCCUCGGCCCACGAGGCCACGCAAGUCCUGCGCUCGUUCCGGCGCCCGCCCGCCAUGGCGGAGGGCGAGCAGGCCUGGGACGGAAUCACUGUGCAGGCCUCCACACUGCUCUAUCCACGUGCCCCGAAAAUAGCGGUUCAGAUGCAGCACGAGCCGCCUGCACUCACCAACGAGAUGUUCUGCAUCCGGGUGACAGUGCAGAGUCUGGAGGAUGUCCCCGCGGCAAACGUCACCCUCUCUGUGGGCCUCAAGUCUGGUCAGGAUGCAAACCUGACACAGACAACGCACGUGACGCUUGACGGCUCCAAGAUUUGCGACGAGUCCCACCCGUCGUUUCUGCACGACAUACCCCUUGGAGACCUGCAGCCUGGGCAAACGGUGGAUAAGACGGUGUUCGUCAAAUGUUCCAUCGUAGGAACUCGUAUUUUCUUGAUGUCUGUGGGUUACUCGGUGAACGCUUCUGUUGGGACCAGCGGCAAGGAGGUGACUUGUCGCUGUCACAAGGAUGAGACGAUUAUCAUAGAGACAGUGUUACCUUUCGACACUUCUGUGAAGUUGGUUUCUACAAAGUUUGAAGCCAUGGAGAGGGUGUAUUCGGACGACCCCUUCGUUCUCCUCACAGAAGUUCUCAGCAUGUCGCCCUGGGCUCUGACCAUCACAGCCAGUCAGCUCCAGCUAACCUCGCCGAUGGAACACACGGACCGUGACGUGAACUCGCAGUUGCAGCAGAUGGAGCUGCAGACAGGAGAGAGUGGUAGCGAGUGCUACUGCCUGCAGUGUCCUCCUAUAGCCAAUGGACAAAGUGGAAUCGCGCUGGGUACAUACACCCUCAUCUGGAAGAGGAGCUCUGCAGGACCAGACACCCCACUGGUGAGCACAGUGGUGACGCUGCCUCACGUCAUUGUGGAGACCAUCCCGCUCUACGUGAAGACCGAGCUCCCAGCAAGCGGCUGUGUUCGUGAGAUGCUGCCCGUGCAGUACACGCUGCACAACCGCACCGACAUUGUGCAGGAGGUUGAGCUCACGGUGGAUGCAAGUGAGGCCUUCAUGUUCUCCGGAAACAAACAGAUCCGGUUAAGGAUCCUGCCGGGCAGCCAGCAAGAGCUGCGGUACAACAUGUACCCUCUCGUGGCCGGCUUCCAGCCGCUCCCGCGCCUGCACUUCAAACUGCUGCGCUUCCCAGGAGCCAGCGACGAACUCAUUCGCCGCCUCCUGCCAACGCAUGUCUUCGUCAAGCCCCAGGGAAGAGGACUGGAGAGCAACAUGUCUGAGGCUGGAUGAAAACGGGGAGGUUGGGUGUUAGCCAUCCUUCAAUUUCACCAGAAGAGUUAAUGUAAAAUAAGACAUUUGGUUGCUGUCUGUAAUUGGAUCAUAUGAAUAUAUUUUAAUGGUAAGCAUUGUAAUGCACUACUUAAGUUUGCUGCAGAAAGAUUCUUCAUUUUACAGCAUGGCCUGUGAAUAGUUGCGAGAAUAAUAAAGUUUUAGAUUAUGUUGACCAAAA